AAUAAACCAAACAAAAAUCCCCCCAAAUUAAACGCUUUCUUUAAAUAAACUUUCUCCACUUUUCACUCUAGACCCUCCAUUCGCCAACAAAAGCAAACUCAUCCCAUCCCUCCCCGACUCCCGAUACCCACCACCAUGAGAGAAAUCUUGCACAUCCAGGGCGGCCAAUGCGGCAACCAGAUCGGCGCUAAGUUCUGGGAGGUCAUCUGCGACGAGCAUGGUAUUGACCACACCGGAAAGUACAGUGGCGACUCCGAUCUGCAGCUCGAGCGUAUCAAUGUCUACUACAAUGAGGCCAGUGGCGGCAGGUACGUUCCGCGCGCCGUGCUUAUGGAUCUGGAGCCUGGAACCAUGGACUCGGUCAGAUCUGGACCUUUUGGCCAGAUCUUUAGGCCGGAUAACUUCGUCUUCGGACAGUCUGGCGCUGGGAAUAACUGGGCCAAGGGCCAUUACACGGAGGGAGCGGAGCUCAUCGAUUCCGUUCUUGAUGUUGUGAGGAAGGAGGCUGAGAAUUGUGAUUGCUUGCAGGGAUUUCAAGUUUGUCAUUCCUUGGGAGGAGGCACUGGGUCUGGCAUGGGAACCCUUCUUAUUUCCAAGAUAAGGGAGGAGUACCCAGAUCGAAUGAUGUUGACAUUUUCUGUCUUCCCUUCGCCUAAGGUGUCUGAUACAGUUGUUGAGCCGUACAAUGCUACCCUCUCUGUGCAUCAGCUUGUUGAGAAUGCCGAUGAAUGUAUGGUCUUGGAUAAUGAGGCUCUCUAUGACAUCUGCUUCCGCACUCUAAAGCUUGCCACACCCACUUUUGGUGACCUUAACCACCUUAUCUCCGCAACCAUGAGUGGCGUCACAUGCUGCCUCCGUUUUCCUGGGCAGUUGAACUCUGAUCUGCGGAAGCUUGCUGUUAAUCUUAUCCCAUUCCCACGUCUCCACUUCUUCAUGGUUGGCUUUGCACCCUUGACAUCUAGAGGGUCACAGCAGUACCGGGCUCUGACUGUGCCUGAGUUGACACAGCAGAUGUGGGAUGCAAAGAACAUGAUGUGUGCUGCAGACCCACGCCAUGGCCGCUACUUAACUGCUUCUGCAAUGUUCCGUGGCAAGAUGAGUACCAAGGAGGUUGAUGAACAGAUGAUUAACGUCCAAAACAAGAACUCAUCAUACUUUGUUGAAUGGAUCCCCAACAAUGUCAAGUCCAGUGUGUGUGACAUCCCACCCAAGGGUCUGAAAAUGGCAUCCACUUUCAUUGGAAACUCAACUUCAAUCCAGGAGAUGUUUAGGAGGGUUAGCGAGCAGUUCACUGCAAUGUUCAGGAGAAAAGCUUUCUUGCACUGGUACACUGGGGAGGGCAUGGAUGAAAUGGAGUUCACUGAGGCUGAGAGUAACAUGAAUGAUCUGGUUGCAGAGUACCAGCAAUACCAGGAUGCAACUGCUGAUGAUGAGGAGUACGAGGACGAAGAGGAGGAGGAGGUUGGAGCUUGAGGUAUCUUGUAAUCUUUUCAGUUACUGUCUGAAAAUUGUAGCUUUGUUGGCUCUCUUGUGAUUUGAUGAUGUUUGUGUUGUUGAGGGGUCAAAUUAGAUUGACUUGCUGGUGUCUAUGGAUUAUGGGUCUUGUAUGAGAGAUGGGGUUUUGUGACUUUUCUUUUGUUUUAUUUAAUGAUGAUGCUUGUACUUUAUAUGGAGUAGAUUGUUAUAUGAUUGGAGGGAAAAUAUGUUUAUCCAAGGUACAUGGUAGAAUUUCAA